CGGGAGCAGGAAGCGGCUGCGCGGCGAGGCGGGUGCCGGGCGCGCUGCAGGUUCAAGCUGUCACGCUUGCUGUGACUGUGCAGAGAGCAUGUCACCACUGACAGCACGUCGGGAGCAGGAGAAGCUGGAAGCAUGGAGCUCUACAAUAGGAUGAGCUCUAUAACCUCCACAGCGCAGGACAGCCAUGGGAGGAAUACAGACCUGAGUGAUGUGGGCAGAAAAUAAGUAGCCAAGGAUUCCUGAUUGCUGAACCUGAUGUAAUUGCCCAGAUGGACCAAGAAAAAGAACAAGAUCAUGAGCCUGUGGAGGAGAUGCACAUGGGUAAGGAAAAAGUUAGGUGGUGACCUUCCAGAUCACCUUGCAAGCACAGAUCUGCAGGACACGUUGGCAGUGGAGUCCAGAGGAGGAGAGGAACAGUUUGGGGUCAGCCAUGGAAGUCAGUACAGUUCCUCAGAAGCUCAGCAAGGUGGCUGUGAAGAGGAAGAAGAGGCUAAGCUGUCUUGCUCCAAUAUCAGCCUGGUGAAAAAACGGGAAAGAAGGAUGGCAGCAGCCUCACGGCGAGCUCCUCAUGUAGAGCCACCCACCAUUUGCUCUGAGUGUGGCAAGGGCUUCAGUCGGAGCAUCCAUCUCAUCCAGCACCAGCGAAUGCACACUGGAGAACGCCCAUUCCUGUGCAGGGAGUGUGGCAGGGGCUUCAGCCAGAGCUCCCAUCUCAUCCAGCACCAACGGGUCCACACGGGCCAGAAACCCUACACCUGUGCUGAGUGUGGGAAGAGCUUCAGCCAGAGCUCCAAUCUCCUCAAGCACCAGCGGAUUCACACUGGACUCAAACCCUAUGUGUGCAGCGAGUGCGGAAAGGUCUUCAGCGACAGCUCCACUUGCAUCAAACACCAGCGUAUGCACACAGGCGAGCGGCCCUACAAGUGCCUAGCCUGUGGGAAAAGCUUCAUCCAACACUCCCAUCUCCUUCAGCACCAGCGAGCCCAUGCCGGUGUCCGACCUUACGCCUGUGAUCAGUGUGGCAAAUGUUUUGGGCAGAGCUCUGACCUUAUUAACCACACUCGUACCCACACAGGUGAGAAGCCUUACAAAUGCAGCCAUUGUGGCCGUGGCUUCAGUGGCAAUUCCAACCUCAUCAAGCAUACUCGCAUCCACACUGGGGAGCAGCCAUACCGCUGCACCCAGUGUGGGGAAAGCUUUCGGUUCCAGGCCCAGCUGGUGCGCCACCAGAAACGCCACACACAGUAGCCGAUGGAGAGAAGGCCAUGUGGACCAUAGGUAGCUGCUCCCUGGGGAUGGAGCUCUUGGAGUCUGUCAGCUUUUAUUCUGAGUAAAUCUGUUUGUGGACGCUGCCCAGACCCUGGAACAAAGAGUGGGGCCACUGGCAAAUGAACUAGUUCACAUUCACUGUGGUGCAGUGGUUGUUCUGAGCCCCUCUUUUGGAGGUAGGGAAAAGAAAGAUGCUUGUCUGUAUGGUAUGUUCAAGGCCAGAGGAGAAGAUAAAGAUAUGCUGAGGAUUGGUGCCUUUUUCUGUCAUUUCUAGUGGGAAAUUAUUUUAAUCCCAGUAAAAACCAGGUAAACCUGUAUAAGCUGCCAGGACUUUCCCUUGUGCUAAGGGAUGAUCACUUGCCUUAGAAUCCACAUCUCCCAUUUGCCAGUGUCCUUGUUUCCAGGUGGCAUUAGCAUCUAUUUUAACCCCCCACAACACUGCUCUGCAUACACAUUGUGGGCCCAGCUGAUGCUCUGCUGGGGCCAUGUCUAUGGAAUGGUGGUUUUGCUGGGUUGUAUGGUUGCCAAGCUGACGGUUCCAUGGAUCAUACUGCUGUCUUACAGCUCAAUCCUCAGCAGCAAUUAAGUAACUCAACAUCCUAAUAGGUGUCUCUCUCAGAUUCUUGUUUAGGUGCUUUUGUGAGUAGCACUUUAUGAAUGUUUUUAUAAGGCUUUUAGAAGUAUUUAGGAUGACUUUUUAAAUUGUGAUCUUCUACUUGCCACUUGAUGAACAGAAGAAGGAUGACAUUUGAAAAAUAAACUAUGUCAAACUUUGAUUUUAUAUUAAA